AUGGUCAAUCACAAAGCUGGCGGUCCUCAAGACUUGGCUAGUGGUAAGCUAGGAAUUUACGGAAUUCGUGACGCUUGCAGUCUAUGCGGCGCUUGGGCGUGUGACGCAGGGGCAGCGUUGCAGUGCGUGGAGGCAGCGACUCUGGGGAUGCCUUUUGAAGUCUGGAAGACGCGCAUGGGCAGACACAGAAGCGAAGGCACAUUGGAGGCGUUCUCGUCGAUUUGGAGAUCCCGUGGCUUGGGGGGAUUUUGGCAAGGAACGUCGGCGAAGCUUCUGGAAAGUGCUUCGAAGGGUGCAGUCCUUCUCUAUAGCAAGGAGACGUUGCUGAAGGCAUGUCGCUCCCUAGAGCUGUCCAACAGCUACGCUGGAUUUAUCGCUGGAGCUGGAGGAGGCGCAUGCCAAACGCUCGUUAUGGGGCCCUGCACAUUUGCCGUCACGGCACUUGUGACGGGCGAGGAGGGGGUCAAAAUUUCGGAAAAAUUUCGGAGUAUUUUAAAGACACACGGCAUCCGUGGACUGUAUCCGGGAGGCUCUGCCAUUGCUCUCCGACAAAUGACGAAUUGGGCAUCUCGCCAGGGAUUUACCGAGAUGUUUCGAACGUGGCUGCUUAACAGGAAGAGCAUUAAGCAGCAGCAGCAGGUAUCCCUGUGGCUGUAGGGAGGCGCACUGGCCACAUGGAACCAGCCCUUCGAAGUUGCACGGAUUCAAAUGCAGAGCGCUGCUGCAGAGGGGCAACCUAGAGAAAAUAUUAUCCGAGUGAUGCGUCAAAUUGUAAAAGCGGAAGGCUUCCAGGCACUUCUACGGGGCAUCGUGCCACGCUUGGGAUUAGGUGUUUGGCAGACACUUUUUAUGGUGUCUGGUGCGAAGCUGUUACAAGACGCCCUCGGAGUGUAG